AUAUUCAGCCAGUCACUGCUCAGACAACGCAUGGGCAACAUUCGCGACGCGUGCUCGCGAAUUAUUUUCCCGCGAUUUAUUUAAAUAUCGAAAUUAAAUUAUACGUUCCAUUCCCGCUUUUCUGUAUGCGAAUUAUAGUACAAAUAUGCCUAAAAAGAAAUAGCUAAAUAUUAUUGUUAAUUGUUUUAUUGUUAAUCGCGAGUUUACCAGACUUUGAGGCUCCCGUGAAUAGAGUCGAUUUCGAUAAUAGAAUCUGUGAUAAUUGUUGUGAAACUUUUUUAUUCAGUGUUGUUUAACUUUUUAUUUCACUUGCAUAGUUUCGUGUAAUUUGAUUACGCGAAACGUUACAAUAAACGGUCUUUAUGAUAGGUCCAUAUAUGAAGUGUCAACAUUUUUAUCCCAAACAUUAUGAUUUACAAAUGGAUAUUAUGAUAAGAGUGAAGUGUUGUCAAGAAACUAAAAAUCCAAAGUGACGAAGUAGUGUGGUGUCUGUUCUGUUGCGUUCCGUUGUGUUUUACCUUUACUUUUAAACCUACUCUCCAAAAUGUCAGACAAGACGUCCUCAUCUGUUGGCCCUAGAAGUUUUGAGACAAUCUCUGAGGAGGAUGGCGAGUCGCCGUGGGAUAAAUUAUUGGGAGAUGUGAAUAGCGCUGUUCCGACUAUAAUUAAAACAAAUGCAUCGAGUGCAACGAUUUCGAGGAGUGGGGAUGAAGUUGCCGUUCCUUCCGUUGAUCUUGAAGCGAAUAAAUUAAUCAGAUCCAAGAGCCUUAAUCAACGCAGAAAUAGCAGUGGUCUCCUUAGCUCAAUUCCUCGGCAACUACGACUUUCCCUUCGAGGCGUGCGUAGUGAACCUUCCAGUGUCAAAGACAUUCCAACUACCAGAAAUGAUAGUGCCCUCAACCUUCUUCUUAGAUAUCGCAAUGCCCGUUAUGCGGCGAGACGUGUUAGGAAGCGCGUGAUCUUUAAGCAUGGGGACUGCAACGUCGUUCAAUGGAACGUAGCGAAACGCAGGCGCCGAUACCUUCAGGACAUCUUCACGACCCUCGUGGACGCACAAUGGCGCUGGACUCUACUCGUGUUCGCUCUCUCAUUCAUCCUCUCUUGGCUCCUCUUUGCCCUUAUCUGGUGGUUGAUCAUCUUCACCCACGGUGACCUCAAUCCCCCUACAAAUAGCUCCGAAGUUUUCAUUCCUUGUCUAAAUAACGUGAAUUCCUUUACUGGCUGCUUCCUCUUCUCAGUAGAAACACAACACACUAUUGGAUACGGUUCCCGGACGACGAAUGAGGAAUGCCCAGAAGCGAUUUUUGUUAUGUGCCUACAGAGCAUCGUUGGCGUUUUCAUUCAAGCUUUCAUGGUGGGAAUCGUGUUUGCUAAGCUCUCUAGACCAAAAAAACGAGCUCAAACCCUGCUUUACUCCCGGAACGCUGUCAUUUGCCUACGAGAAGGUCAACUGUGUCUCAUGUUUCGAGUCGGUGAUAUGAGAAAAUCUCAUAUUGUUGAAGCACAUAUAAGAGCGCAAAUAAUCCGCCGCAAGAUCACAAGAGAAGGAGAGAUGUUGCCAUUCUACCAGCAAGAGUUGAAGGUGGGGGCUGACGGAGAGGAAGACAGGCUAAUGUUUAUCUGGCCUAUGACCAUUGUGCACAAGAUCAAUGAGAAGUCACCUCUGUAUAACCUUUCUGCUUCCGACAUGCUGAGAGAAAGAUUUGAAAUAGUAGUCAUGUUAGAGGGAGUCAUCGAAUCAACCGGUAUGACAACGCAGGCUCGAAGCAGUUAUCUACCAUCAGAGAUCCAGUGGGGGCAUCGCUUUGAAACAAUGGUGUCAUUCCGAAAAGACACAGGAGAGUAUGAGGUUGAUUACACCAGGUUUAACAACACGUAUGAAGUGGAUACUCCACUAUGUUCCGCUAAGCAACUCGACGAGCUGCGGGCCACGGUUUCUACUUCGCAGAAAUUAGAUCGUAUGCUGGGCACAAUACCAAAGACCUUCUCCAACGACACACUAGACAUGAGUUCCGUCGACUCGAUGUCUUUGGACGAACACAUCGAGAUCAAGAUACCAGAAGCAAGAGUAAGGGAGAACAGGUUGAUGGCUCAGAAUAACUUCGUACAACACGUCAACGAGAAGACCAGGUACAGUCACACACACCUGGCGGUGGAGAACGGUCACGAAAACUACAUCAAAAACAACUCAGUAGUCGGCAUACCUGAUAGCAAAGAACAUCAUAUGCAUAGAAGCCAUAGCCAUGCGAGCAUGAAGAAGGUCCACGGUCUGACUCCCAAUGGCAUUAACCAUGCUAAUGGCAAUGACCAGAAAAUUGAGCAUAAUAAAAUUAAAAAAUCCCCGAGCGACAACCAAAUAGCAGAACAGACUCCGAUAAUACCCAUCCUCGUGACGUCAGCCGACACCGACGCUUGACGCAGAGACAACCCGAGGAUAAGAACACACGUCCGGUUCAGCGAGGUUGAAGUAGACAUGGUAUCGGAUACAAUACGGAUACGUAUUAACCAUAGACAAGAAUUAACUUAAAAAAAUAAUAUAGUUCAAGUGUAAUUUUAAAAAAGGGAGUAGAUUAAUUCUUAAAAUGUAUGUCUGUGUGGUUGUUACCACGUUUAUUAAGAGAAUUCAUGAGAUGAGUGAAUAGAAAUAAAAAUAGAUGAUUUUUUCACUAAUGUUGUUUAUACAGUGUGUUCGAAAUAAGAAUCAAUGAAAAAGCUCUGUGCCAACAACUAUGUACUUGUGCAUAGAGAAACUUUGUGAUAUCUAAAGUAUUAUUAAAAGUACUACAAAUAUUUUUUAAUAGUGUUAAAAAUAUUAAGGAUUCGAAUCAAUUCAACUCAUAUUUCAUUCAAGUAGAAUAAGAUGAUCUAUGAACACUAUCAUCAUCUCUCAGUUUCUGUAUUCAAUUCAUAAAAUUCAUAUAAAUAACUUUACUUAAAGUAAUUGUACCAAAACUGGACUGGUUGUCUUGUGGUAAUAUAUUUUAAACUACACUAAAUUAACAGAACCUAAAGUGUUGCCGUUGCAUUAUUUUGUUUUGAAUAAAAAAGGAUAGCAAUAUUAUCCUGUCUGUUAAGUUACCUUUUGUUAAAAAAAUGUUUACGAAAACAAAUAACUUCGAAAUGUAUUUUUUGAUCCUGCUCAAAUGUGAUUUUACUAGAUAAAUAAGUGUAAUUAUUUAUUUACGGUCUAAUUAAAAGUAGAACUUGAAUACGUUACCAUUCUUAUCUCACCGUUGGCAGCGCACUAGCAGCAUAUUACAAUGCGAAAGGUACCACUUACCACCAUGAUGACGAUUGGCAGGUUAAUCUUGCGAUUAUCCGAUUAUUAAUAAUAAAAAACGUGUAUUAAAUGAUCAAAAUAAUCAUGACAUAUGUUGCGCUUCGGAAAUUGUUUGAAAGCAUUUGUACUAUUUUGGCUCCAAGCCAAAGCUAUAUUACUAAUAUUCAAAAGAAUAAUAAAAACUUUUUUUGUGAGUUUUAAUAUCCAAUUAUUUCAUUCAUUUAUUAAUUUAUAAACUGAAAUUCGUUUUAUUUUACACCGAAGUUCGUUUGUAAGGAAAAGAAGACGGCUAAAUGAAUCUAGUAGAAAAUGUUCGCCUUAGCCUUAGCGACUAGCACUGGCAUUUUUAUAGUAUAAAGAACUUCUUACUUCAUUAAUACGCCGCCAGCCAAGAGAAUUUAAUGUAUCUUGGCUCUGCAAUACAACUGGCUCACUUUGUCAAUCAAACCGAAUCACAGCAAUACAUGUAGAGCAGUUUGACAGUUACUUAAAUGAUUUGUGGGUUUACAUUCAGAAUCGAGAAUUCAAAACUAGAAAAUGUGGAUACUGUCACUGAUAAAUAAUAAUACGGUAUUAGAAAAAUAUUCCGAGUGCAAACAGCUUGAACAAUCCUGAAGAAUUUAAGUUUGUCUACCCAGCGUAUUUUAUAACAUGGAAAUCCACGAACUAUAUUAACCACGUUUACGUAAACAGAGGAACAAUCGAAUACCUCUCCUUUUAUGAAUUCGAUAACAACUUACUUAUUCUAUCAAUGAUGUUUUAGUAAAUCAGUAGUUAUUAGAAUAUCAUUGCAUUCUAUCAAUAAUUUCGUCAACUUUUUUAUGUUUUACUUUGGUUAAACAACCUUGCAAAAUAAAUUAUCUUAGGGAGUUAUUUUAGUUGAAAGUAAUAUUUAGAUUUUUGGAUUUCAGUAUUUUAUUUUACACAUAUUUAUCAACACACACAUUCAUACCUCGUCUACUUCAACGAAACGAAACUGCAAGAGAAACAGGGUUGUAUGUGACCAAGUAUUUGUUUAGAUCGUUCUAGUGAAAUUAGAAACUGUCAUGUUUCCCUUUUAGUGUAUAAGAUUUAAAAAAAAAAUAGAUUUAAUUUUUUUUCUAUCAAAAGUCAAACUAAAGAUAGAAAAAAUUCCAUUUUAAAGUUCAAUGUCGCAUUAAUGCCGAAUUGAAUGACCGUGACUCUAUCGAAUUUCCUAUUUAAAUACGGCCCCUGUUACAAAUAUAAAUAACAAUAUGUACCGUCGUACCAGUUCGUAAU